CGGGCCGUGGCCCGGGACCGCAGGGGAGGCCGAGGCGGGAGCACUCGGCGCUGAGGCGGCGGCGGCGGCGGCGGGAAGGGGCCGGGUGGCAGGGCAGGCGGGAGGCUGGCGAGGCUCCGGCCGCAGGACGGGCGCGGGGACGGCUCCGGGGGGCGGGGGCCGGGGCCCGGGCCGGCUCGUGCGGGGGGUAUGAUGACCCGGCGGCGGGGCCCCGGAUCGCGUCUCCUCCGCCGCCUCCUCGCGGCGGCCCCGACUCGAGGCUGAGAACUACACACACCGGCGGUAUGGCAUCACAGCUGCAGGUGUUUUCGCCCCCAUCAGUGUCGUCGAGUGCCUUCUGCAGUGCAAAGAAACUGAAAAUAGAGCCCUCUGGCUGGGAUGUUUCAGGACAGAGCAGCAACGACAAAUACUAUACCCACAGCAAAACCCUCCCAGCUACACAAGGGCAAGCCAGCUCCUCUCACCAGGUAGCAAAUUUCAAUAUUCCUGCUUACGACCAGGGCCUCCUUCUCCCAGCUCCUGCGGUGGAGCAUAUUGUGGUAACAGCUGCUGAUAGCUCAGGCAGCGCCGCUACAGCAACCUUCCAAAGCAGCCAGACCCUGACUCACAGGAGCAACGUUUCUUUGCUUGAGCCAUAUCAAAAAUGUGGAUUGAAGAGAAAGAGUGAGGAAGUGGACAGCAACGGUAGCGUGCAGAUCAUAGAAGAACAUCCCCCUCUCAUGCUGCAGAACAGAACCGUGGUGGGUGCUGCUGCCACGACCACCACUGUGACCACCAAGAGUAGCAGUUCCAGCGGAGAAGGGGAUUACCAGCUGGUCCAGCAUGAGAUCCUUUGCUCUAUGACCAACAGCUAUGAAGUCCUGGAGUUCCUAGGCCGGGGGACAUUUGGACAGGUGGCAAAGUGCUGGAAGCGGAGCACCAAGGAAAUUGUGGCCAUUAAGAUCUUGAAGAACCACCCCUCCUAUGCCAGACAAGGACAGAUUGAAGUGAGCAUCCUUUCCCGCCUAAGCAGUGAAAAUGCUGAUGAGUAUAACUUUGUCCGUUCUUAUGAGUGUUUUCAGCACAAGAAUCAUACCUGCCUUGUGUUUGAGAUGUUGGAGCAGAACUUGUACGAUUUUCUAAAGCAGAACAAGUUUAGCCCACUGCCACUCAAGUACAUAAGACCAAUCUUGCAGCAGGUGGCCACAGCCCUGAUGAAGCUAAAGAGUCUUGGUCUGAUUCACGCUGACCUUAAACCUGAAAACAUAAUGCUAGUCGAUCCAGUUCGCCAACCCUACCGAGUGAAGGUCAUUGACUUUGGUUCUGCUAGUCAUGUUUCCAAAGCCGUGUGUUCAACCUACCUGCAAUCACGCUACUACAGAGCGCCUGAAAUUAUUCUUGGAUUACCAUUCUGUGAAGCUAUUGACAUGUGGUCACUGGGCUGUGUAAUAGCUGAGCUGUUCCUGGGAUGGCCUCUUUAUCCUGGUGCUUCAGAAUACGAUCAGAUUCGCUAUAUUUCACAAACACAAGGCCUGCCAGCUGAGUAUCUUCUCAGUGCCGGAACAAAAACAACCAGGUUUUUUAACAGAGAUCCUAAUUUGGGGUACCCACUGUGGAGGCUUAAGACACCUGAAGAACAUGAAUUGGAAACUGGAAUAAAGUCAAAAGAAGCUCGGAAGUACAUUUUUAACUGUUUAGAUGACAUGGCUCAGGUAAAUAUGUCUACAGACUUAGAGGGAACAGAUAUGUUAGCAGAGAAAGCCGAUCGGAGAGAGUAUAUUGAUCUUCUAAAGAAAAUGCUGACGAUUGAUGCAGAUAAGAGAAUCACGCCCCUGAAAACUCUCAACCACCAGUUUGUGACAAUGAAUCACCUCCUGGACUUCCCACACAGUAACCACGUUAAAUCCUGUUUCCAGAACAUGGAGAUCUGCAAGCGGAGGGUUCACAUGUAUGACACAGUGAGUCAGAUCAAGAGUCCCUUCACUACACAUGUCGCUCCAAAUACAAGCACAAAUCUAACCAUGAGCUUCAGCAACCAGCUCAACACAGUGCACAAUCAGGCCAGUGUUCUAGCUUCCAGCUCUACUGCAGCAGCAGCUACCCUUUCUCUGGCUAAUUCAGAUGUCUCGCUGCUAAACUACCAAUCGGCUUUGUACCCAUCGUCGGCAGCACCAGUGCCUGGAGUUGCCCAGCAGGGUGUUUCCUUACAACCUGGAACCACCCAGAUCUGCACUCAGACAGAUCCAUUCCAGCAAACAUUUAUAGUAUGCCCACCUGCUUUUCAGACUGGACUACAAGCAACAACAAAGCAUUCUGGAUUCCCUGUGAGGAUGGAUAAUGCUGUGCCAAUUGUACCCCAGGCGCCUGCUGCUCAGCCGCUGCAGAUCCAGUCAGGAGUACUCACACAGGGAAGCUGUACACCACUAAUGGUAGCAACUCUCCACCCUCAAGUAGCCACCAUCACGCCGCAGUAUGCGGUGCCCUUUACCCUGAGCUGCGCAGCAGGCCGGCCGGCGCUGGUUGAACAGACUGCUGCUGUACUGCAAGCCUGGCCUGGAGGAACCCAACAAAUUCUCCUGCCUUCAGCCUGGCAGCAGCUGCCCGGGGUAGCUCUGCACAACUCUGUCCAGCCUGCUGCAGUGAUUCCAGAGGCCAUGGGGAGCAGCCAACAGCUAGCUGACUGGAGGAAUGGCCACUCUCAUGGCAACCAGUACAGCACUAUCAUGCAACAGCCAUCUUUGCUGACCAACCAUGUGACCUUGGCCACUGCUCAGCCUCUGAAUGUUGGUGUUGCCCAUGUUGUCAGACAACAACAGUCUAGUUCCCUCCCUUCAAAGAAGAAUAAGCAGUCUGCUCCAGUUUCAUCCAAAUCCUCUCUGGAAGUCCUGCCUUCUCAAGUUUAUUCUCUGGUUGGGAGUAGUCCUCUUCGUACUACAUCUUCUUAUAAUUCCCUAGUCCCUGUCCAAGACCAGCAUCAGCCAAUCAUCAUUCCAGAUACUCCCAGCCCUCCUGUGAGUGUCAUCACUAUCCGUAGUGACACUGAUGAAGAAGAGGACAACAAAUACAAGCCCAAUAGCUCGAGCCUGAAGGCGAGGUCUAAUGUCAUCAGUUAUGUCACUGUCAAUGAUUCUCCAGACUCUGACUCCUCCCUGAGCAGCCCAUAUCCCACAGACACUCUGAGUGCUCUGCGGGGCAACAGUGGGACCCUUCUGGAGGGACCUGGCAGACCUGCAGCAGAUGGCAUCGGCACCCGUACUAUCAUUGUGCCUCCUUUGAAAACACAGCUUGGCGACUGCACUGUAGCAACACAGGCCUCAGGUCUCCUUAGCAGUAAGACCAAGCCAGUGGCUUCAGUGAGUGGGCAGUCAUCUGGAUGCUGUAUCACUCCCACAGGGUACCGGGCUCAGCGAGGGGGAGCCAGCGCGGUGCAGCCACUCAACCUUAGCCAGAACCAGCAGCCAUCGUCAGCUUCAACCUCGCAGGAAAGAAGCAGCAACCCUGCUCCCCGCAGACAGCAGGCAUUUGUGGCCCCGCUCUCCCAAGCCCCCUACGCCUUCCAGCAUGGCAGCCCACUGCACUCGACGGGGCACCCACACUUGGCCCCAGCCCCUGCUCACCUGCCAAGCCAGCCUCACCUGUAUACGUACGCUGCCCCCACUUCUGCUGCUGCAUUGGGCUCCACCAGUUCCAUUGCUCAUCUGUUCUCCCCCCAGGGUUCCUCAAGGCAUGCUGCAGCUUAUACCACACACCCUAGCACUCUGGUGCAUCAGGUUCCUGUCAGUGUCGGGCCCAGCCUCCUCACUUCUGCCAGUGUGGCCCCUGCUCAGUACCAACACCAGUUUGCCACUCAGUCCUACAUCGGGUCUUCCCGAGGCUCAACAAUUUACACUGGAUACCCGCUGAGUCCUACCAAGAUCAGUCAGUAUUCUUACUUGUAGUUGAUGAGCACGAGGGGGGGCUCCGUGGCUGCCUGCCUCUAGCCCUGAGUUCUUAAUGGGCUCUGGAGAGCGCCUCCAUUAUCUCCUCAUGAAAGUUCCUAGCCAGCAGCGUGUUCUGCAGGGGCCCACUGAAGCAGAAGGCUUUUCUCUGGGGAACAGCUCUCAGUGUUGACUGCAUUGUUGUAGUCUCCCAAGUCUGCCCUAUUUUUUUAAUUCUUUAUUCUUGUGACAGCGUUUUUGGACGUUGGAAGAGCUCAGAAGCCCAUCUUCUGCAGUUACCAAGGAAGAAAGAUCGUUCUGAAGUUACCCUCUGUCAUACAUUUGGUCUCUUUGACUUGGUUUCUAUAAAUGUUUUUAAAAUGAAGUAAAGCUCUUCUUUACGAGGGGAAAUGCUGACUUGAAAUCCUGUAACAGAUGAGAAAGAGUCAUUACUUUUUGUUUGUUUAAAAAACUAAAACACAAGACUUCCUUGCCUUUUAUUUUGAAAGCAGCUUAGCAAGGCUGUGCUUAUGGCACAUGGAAACUGAGAGUGAUUUCAUUUUCAUGUCGUGCUGUCCUUACUGGGCAGUUGUUAGGGUUUUAGUACAACGAAUACUGAAACCUGUGCAGCUGCUGGGCUGCUGGGAAGGAAGGUGAGGGUGAGGACUGUGCCCACCAGGAUUCAUUCUAAAUGAAGACCAUGAAUUCAAGUCCUCCUCCUCUCUCUAGUUUAACUUCAAUUCUCCUUAUAGAAAAGCCAGUGAGGUGGUGAGUGUAUGCUGGUGGUUUGCAUACAAUAGUAUGCAAAAUCUCUCUAAAGUGAGAUACUGGCACUGAUAAACAUUGCCUAAGAUUUCUAUGAAUUUUCAAUAAAUAAUACACGUCUGUGUUUUCCUCAUCUCUCCCUUCUGUUUCAUGUGACUUAUUUGAGGGGAAAACUAAAGAAACUAAAACCAGAUAAGUUGUGUAUAGCUUUUAUACUUUAAAGUAGCUUCCUUUGUAUGCCAACAGCAAAUUGAAUGCUCUCUAAGACUUAUAUAAUAAGUGCAUGUAGGAAUUGCAGAAGAUAUUUUAAAAGUUUAUUACUGAAUUUAAAAAUAUUUUAGAAGUUUUGUAAUGGUGGUGUUUUAAUAUUUUGCAUAAUUAAAUAUGUACAUAUUGAUUAGAAGAAAUAUAACAAUUUUUCCUCUAACCCAAAAUGUUAUUUGUAAUCAAAUGUGUAGUGAUUACACUUGAAUUGUGUAUCUAGUGUGUAUCUGAUCCUCCAGUGUUACCCCGGAGAUGGAUUAUGUCUCCAUUGUAUUUAAACCAAAAUGAACUGAUACUUGUUGGAAUGUAUGUGAACUAAUUGCAAUUCUAUUAGAGCAUAUUACUGUAGUGCUGAGAGAGCAGGGGCAUUGCCUACAGAGAGGAGACCUUGGGAUUGUUUGCACAGGUGUGUCUGGUGAGGAUUGUUCAGUGUGUGUCUUUUCCUUCCUCCUCUCCUCUCUCCCUUAUUGUAGUGCCUUAUAUGAUAAUGUAGUGGUUAAUAGAGUUUACAGUGAGCUUGCCUUAGGAUGACCAGCAAGCCCCAGUGGACCCCAAGCUGUUCGCUGGGAUUUAACAGAACAGGUUUAGUAGCUGUGUUGUGUAAAUGCGUUCGUUGUUCUCAGUCUCCCUACCGACAGUGACAAGUCAAAGCCGCAGCUUUCCUCCUUAACUGCCACCUCUGUCCCAUUCCAUUCAGUUCUCACAGAAGCAUUCCCCAAUGUGGCUCUCUCACUGUACCUUGCUACCUGGCUUCUGUGAGAGUUCAGGAAGCAGGCGAGAGAACAGUGACGCCAGUGCUAAAUAUGCAUAUUUGAAGGUUUGUGCAAUCACUUAGGAUGGGAUUCCUUUUCUCUCUUCCAUGUGAUAUGAUAGUCCUUUCUGUGCAUAGUUGUCGUUCCUGGUAAACUUUGCUUGUUUUUUGGGGUUGUUUUUUUGUUUUGUUUUGUUUUGUUUUGUUUUUAAAGCAUGUAACAGAUGUUUAUACCAAAGAGCCUGUUGUAUUGCUUAAUAUGUCCCCAUACUACGAGAAGGGUUUUGUAGAACUACUGGUGACAAGAAGCUCACAGAAAGGUUUCUUAAUUAGUGACGAAUAUGAAAAAGAAAGCAAAACCUCUUGAAUCCGAACGAUUCCUGAGGUUUCUUUGGGACAACAUGUUGUUCUUGGGGCCCCUCUCGCUGUAAAAUUGUCCUAGUAUUCAACCCUUCUAUGGAUUUGGGUCAAGUUGAAGGUACUAGGGGUGGGGACAUUUCUUGCCCAUGAGGGAUUUGUGGGGAGGAGGUUAACCCUAAGCUACAGAUGUGGUCCACCUGAAUUGAAAAUUAUAUCUGAGUGGUAAUUCUAGGAUUGGUUCUGUGUAGGUGGUGUCAGGGAGGUGCAGGAUGGAGAUGGGAGAUUUCAUGGAACCCGGUCAGGAAAGUUCUGAACCAGGUGGAACACCGAGGGGCUGUCAACGAACUUGGAGUUUCUUCAUCAUGGGGAGGAAGAGUUUCCAGGGCAGGGCAGGUAGUCAGUUUAGCCUGCCAGCAACGUGGUGUGUGUUGUCUUUUCUUUAAUCAUUAUAUUAGGCUGUGCGUUCAGCAGUCUGUUGGUUGAGAUAACCACGCAUCAUUGUGUAGUUUGUCACUAGUGUUAUACUGUGUGUGAUCUUUGUGUUUCCUUUCCCCCAAGCAUUCUGGGUUUUUCAUAAUUUAAAUACAGUUCUAGUUUCUAGGCAAACAUUUUUUUUUAACCUUUUCUCUACAAGGGACAAGAUUUAUUGUUUUUAUAGGAAUGAGAUGCAGAGAAAAAACAAACCAACCCUGUCCCCACCUCCUAAUCUCCCUAAUCCAAUAAGCAGUUAUUGAAGAUGGGAGUCUUUAUGGGAAAAGAGGAUGCCUAGGAGUUUGCAUCGUUACCUGAGACAUCUGGCUAGCAAUGUGACUUUACAGACUUUGAGUUUGUCACUCUGCAAACUGACAUUUCAGAUUUUCCUAGAUAACCCAUCUGUGUCUGCUGAAUGUGUAUGCGCCAGACAAAGUUUUACAUUCAUUCCGUCCUGGGGCUUAACAUUGACUGCUUGCCCUGAUGGAGUGGAGGAAAGCCCUAUGAGCAUAGGGCUGACCUGGGUCGGCAUUGCCCGACCUGGGAACAGCUUAAGGCUUUAAACCUUCUCUUAGAACAUGCAUUUCCAGUUUCUCCCUUCCCAGGUGAGAGAGGAACUGGAAGGGUUGCAUAGGCACACACCAGGACACUUAGUCACUCCAGAGUCCCCAGUUGCAACUAGGAGGUGGUUACCCUGUUAACCCCAAGAAGAAGAACCCCAUUUCAAACAGUUCUGGCCAUUGAGAGCCUGCUUUUGUGGUUGCUCAUCCNUCAUCCUCCGCUAGAGGGGCUUAGCCAGGCCAGCACAGUAAUGUCUGUUCUAUUCUGCAUUAGUAUGCAGGAAUCUACUAGUUGAGAUGGUUUGUUUUAGGAUAGGAGNUGAAAUUGCCUCUCGGUGACAGGAAUGGCCAAACCUGCUUUGUGUUUUUUUUUAACUGAUGGAUGGUGCAGCAUGUCUCCAUGUUUCCAUGGUUGUUUGUUGCUAAACUUUAUAUAAUGUGUGGUUUCAAUUCAGCUUGAAAAAUAAUCUCACUAUAUGUAGCAGUACAUUCUAUGUACAUUAUAUGUAAUGUUAGUAUUUCUGCUUUGAAUCCUUGAUAUUGCAAUGGAAUUCCUACUUUAUUAAAUGUAUUUGAUAUGCUAGUUCCUGUGUGUGGUUAAACUUUCUUUCUUUCUCCCUUUUCUGGUUGUGUGCUUCCUUUACAACAAGCUUCUAGAAAGAGGUAGUUCUGAGAAUUACUGAUCUAUGUUUGUAAUGCAGGUGUACUUAGGGAGUAUGUAAAAUAAUCAUUUUAACAAAAGAAAUAGCUAUUUAAAAUUUAAUACUAACUAUGGGAAAAGGGUCCAUUGUGUAAAACAUAGUUUAUCUUUGGAUUCGUUGUUGUCUUUGGUUUUACAAAGUAGCUUGUAUUUUCAGUAUUUUCUACAUAAUAUGGUAAAAAAGUAGAGCAGUUGCAAUGCAUCAAUAAAAUGGGUAAAUUUUC